CUUUCCUAUACAUUAUAAGGCAUUUCUCCCAUUUCUCCCCCACCAUCCGAUAUACAUAAGAAGCAUUGGAUAUGCUUAACCUCCAAUAUUAGCAAUAUCCCACCGCACAGCAUCGUCCAUUCAUUCAACUCUUGUAACUGUACAUACCUAACGCACAUAUUUUCCUCGGUUAUUGUUCUAUACAUAUACCUCGUCGUCUGACUCGACACCGACUCUUUCUCGUUCGGUCCGCCCGGUAUGUCUACUUACAUUCUACAUUUUACAUCCCUUGCCAAAAAAACAAUCCCUGCGCGCGUGCGCUGCCAGGCUGUCUCCCCCCUCUGAUCAAAUGUGCUUGUCUGACCAUCUACAAGUCUAGCCAUUCUAGCCAUCCGCGGGGGCGUCUUUUGAAAGGAUGCAGGCCACCCCUGAAAAUGCAUUUUUGUAUAUAACGCCAAUUGGGUAUAGACAAUCAAUUAGCUGCGGUUACUGCCGUAGAAAGGGUACCAGCCACUCCUACUAUGCACGUGCGAUAUCUAUGAGUCCGGCCAUGUACGAGACUCUAGUCGAUCGAUGUUGGAGACGAUCCGGGACGCUGCUCUAUAGACCAAACCAACUUGAUUCUUGUUGCCCUCAUUACACAAUUCGCCUUGAUUCCGACCGUUUUCGGCCGUCUAAAGAUCAACGGCAAGCUAUCAAUCGCUUCAACAAGUACGUCAUAGGUGAGGAGUACGCGAAAGAAGCUGCUCGCUUAUAUCCGAAGUCACGCGAGCAGGCUCGGAAGCGGGACACCGAGUUUGACUUGGUGGAAAGAAUUCAUGAAAGCGACAGCUCAUCAUUGAAGCAACCACCCGAGCCCUCUCAUACGUUUACCGUCACCCUAGAGUCUAACAAAUUCACCGAAGAGAAAUACCUUGUCUUCGAAAAUUACCAACGGCUUGUCCACCAUGAGUCCCCAUCAUCUAUCACUCGUGAAGGAUUCAAAAGAUUCCUCUGUACCUCGCCAUUGACACCAGAAAAAUUUACGGCACCGGAUGGCCGGGAACGUCAACUUGGUUCGUUCCACCAAUGCUACCGACUCGAUGGUAAGUUAGUAGCUAUAGGCGUUUUGGACCUUCUUCCUCAGUCUGUGAGCGCCGUCUAUUUUCUAUACCAUGAAUCCAUUCAUAGGUUUAGUCCUGGAAAACUCGGGGCUUUGCGGGAGAUCGCGUUGGCGAUAGAGGGCGGCUACCGAUGGUGGUACCCCGGCUUUUAUAUCCAUACAUGCCCCAAGAUGAGGUACAAGAUGGAUUUCUCCCCGCAACAAGUUCUCGACCCAGAGACCCUCAAAUGGGUAGACCUCGACCAAGAUACUAUCGCGAAGUUUGAUAGCCACGGCUACCUUGAUUUCAAGGGAACAGGGGAAUACGCUCUAAGGAAUCCUUCGCCCAAAGGAGAAAACUCAAAGAUGGAUGUUGACGGCCAGAAGGACGACUCGGAGGAGGAUGCUGAACGCCACAAAGAUCCGUCUCUCUUCCACACUGGGAUGCCGGGGAUUCCAUCCGCUGAAGAAAUGAGUUUGGUGAAUUUGGAUGAUAUUAAAAUACGUUUUCUCGACAGAUAUUCUUUCGCUGAUACCAUAUUCUCCUGGAAAGGGGAAGAUAUCACGGACCCAGGUGGGGCCAAGGCACUGGUAGCGGAACUUGUGGCGGCGAUUGGCCUCGAUCUCAUACCUGAUAUAUGCUUAGAUUUUCGAAGACAGUCAUCGGAUCCGGCAGAAUAGAACUACGAGACGGCAUCCCUAUAAAUCAAACGCUUAGGGUGUAGCGGGAUGAUAAUUCUAGGGAUGGAAAUUUAUCGAGACUGGAUUUUGUAUGUCGGUAGACACAGGUCUUGACUACGAUUCGGAAUCCCUGGAAGUACUGCCUUUGGCCAAACCCAAGGCUGGAAAAGGACAUGGAGGAAGAUUGCAUAGAUAUCCUAUGUAACUACAAAACAGCGUAUUGAUGAUUCAAAUAACAAAACUAGCGGAUUAUCUUUUAAC